CUGGGAAGGCCAUGCUUAGCCUCGGCCCCCUCGCGAGCCCGGCGCUGGUCGCGGGCCCGACCGCGAGCGGCGCGAGCCCGGCGACGGUCGCGGGCCCGACGGCGGCCGCGCCUCGCGCGCUGCGGCGCGCGUCGCCGGUGAUGCAGAUGGCCUUCAACGAUCUGUACGACCCCUACUACAACCCGUACCAGCCGAUUGCGACCGACACGCUGGGCACCUACCGCGACCCAUACUACCCGGGGCCAUUCUACGGCCCGCCUGGCGCGUACGGCUGGGGAGGCUACUACGGUGGCUACGGGCCCUGGGUCGGCUACGGCAUUGGGCCCUGGAACGGCGACGGCUACCGAGGCGUCCCUCGCACGCGGGCAGAGGCGCGGAUGGAGGCACGCGCUUACGGGAAGGCCGCGCAGCUUGCGUACGCGCCCGGGGCGCAAGAGUACGGCGCGAGCCCGGCGCAGCAGGCGGAGAUGGCCAAGCAGCGGGCCGAGGCGGCGCAGGCGCAGGCGAGCCAGGCGCAGGCAGAGGCGGAGGCGGCGGUCGAGGCGGCGCGGGUGGAGGAGGAGCAGGCAAAGGUGCGCGAGGAGGAGGCGGCGCGGUUGCAGCAGGCGGCCGCGGAGGCGAGGGAACGCGCCGAGGCCUCCGCGCGCAUGGCGGCCGAGGAUGCCUCCAAGGCGUUCGAGGCGGAGACGGCCGCCGCGACGAUGCCGGGGACGAUGCCGGGGCAGUACUACGGGAACGCCGCCUACGGGAACACCGCCUACGGGAACGCCGCCGCCCCCUACGGCGGCGCUCCCCCCGCUAGCAACCGCGCGCAGGGCGGCCGCCGCGACCGGCCGCGCUACCUCGAGGACUCGGUCGGGCAGGGAGGGCAGAGCCUCGGGGACUCCAACAUGCAGCUCUGAGGGCGGUCGUGCCGCCGCUGCUUGAGGGCUGGCCGCGCCGCCGCCCAUUCCAUUCUCUUCGACCCGUCCGAUGUGUCGUCGAUUUGCUCUACGACCGGUCCGGUUUGGUCGGCGUCGAGGCACUCGCGAGGAAGGGGUCGGGGCCGACGCGAGGGGAGACGCGGCCAGCGCGCGGGGGCUGAGGGCACGACCCGGCAGCGUUCCUCGGAGGCUGACGGGUUGUGUCCGAGAGCGGAUCGGGUCUCUGACUGAAGGACCGCGUCGCGCGCAGGACUUUUCGCGUUUCAUUUCACGCUGUGUGUGCUCUCUUUUAGCUACGUGUUAAUGUACCUAUGUGCGUGUUGACUUGUUGUCGUCAUGGUGUCAAAAAGUUUAGGACGAA